AUGGCGGCCCCAAACGCGAAACCGGAACAGCUACCAGUUGAGGCACUCAAGCCCCCUCAUCGCGAAAUCCUCAUCCGUGCCGUCACCAAAGUGUUGUCAAGCCCGCUCGCGAAGGAAACAUAUGCACAGAUCGUCGAUGGGCUUCCCUUAUCCCAUGUCGCCAAGGAUUGUUACCGGAUCGACCUCUCCCCUCACCACCCACUGCUCGACGAACACAAAGAAUUGUGUCCUGGUGUACUCGAGGAAGCUGAGAAGAUGUGUUCCAGUUUUGAUACUACCACUUUGCUCAUGCCUUCAAAACUCGUUCGUGACUACGAAUCCGCCACUCCAGGAUCCUCCAGCUUUUCUGUCACGCUCAUCGAGCUUGUUGCCAGGGCCGUACAUCAGAUCGCUGCUUGGCUCUACUUGCAAGAUACAAGCCGACAUAAGGACGACACGCUGGGCAGGUGGCGUCCCUCGGAGAAAGCCAGGCCUUUCUAUCCUCGCACCUUUCCCACCACUCUCUUUUGCCACCCAUGGUAUCGCGACUACGGCCAAUACCCGAACGGCGUGGCCGACAGUGUUGGAUACUGGGCCGAGGCUCGGGUUCUCGGUGGAGUUGUCCUCUUUGACAGACGUGACCCGGAGUCUGUGGAAGAUGUAGCGGUAAGCACUAGUCUCAAAUGUUGUUUGUUGCGGGUAAAAUGCCACAGGCUGACUUGUCUAUGCUAG